UGAAAUGCACUGCUGUGAAUCAAUAAGCAUCCCCAACACAAUAACUGUGUGAACAUAAAAUAUGUCAUAAACAUAUGCUCAUACAGUAUGUUUAUGGGUUGAACGUGUUCUUCAGUAUUGCAAACAGAGGAGGCCUUCAUCAUCGAAGCAUCCUCUUUUAAAGAAGGAGGAAGGACCAGUACGUGUGAAGCUUAAAAAUAAUGCUUCCUUUUUAGAAGCGUCUAGACCUCCUGCUGAAGAACUGACAGGGUCACGUUGCCAGGUUUAAAUUUAAUUUUGCUUUAAAUUUGGAUUAAUUUGGGUCCUGUGCUUAAUAUAUACCUUAAAAGCACAAACAGGUGAAGAAGGACCGUCAGGCUCUGAUGGCGGCUCUGUGUGAGAACGUGCUGACAGUCAACAUGUUACUGGGUGUUUUCUUUCUUCCAGGUGUUGUGGUCACAACACACCUUCGCAUUAAUGCCUCAAAGAAGAUGGAAACACUAAGUGGAUCCUGUUUGUAUAUCCCCUGUACAUUUGAAGCAAUCAGAGGGGAGGCUAGUUUUGACAAUAGUAUUGAAAUCACUGGAAUUUGGUAUAAAAAUGUAAAUAAUCUAGUUUUUGACAGCAGCAAAUCAGUCAAUGCCUAUCCAAUGAACAUAACUGGAAUCCUAAAGAAAAAUGACUGCACAACUCUAUUUUCUGAUUUAAACACCAGCCAUCAAGGUGAAUACUAUUUCAGAAUCGAGAACGGGAAAUUUAAGGCAACAGCUGAACGGGAUCCCAUUCAAAUAAAAGUUAAAGAUUCUGCCUGGAAACCAAACAUUGCUAUUGAUCUAACAAAUCUGAAGGAGCAUCAGUCUGUCACUGUAACCUGCUCAGCUUUCACUCCGUGUCCACAAUCACCUCCUGAACUCACCUGGAAUCUCCAACAAGACUCUCUCAAUCAAACAGAGAAAAACACAGAUGGAACCUUUACAACUAAAAUCCAGGAGAACAUCACUCUGUCAGACACACAUGAUGGAUACAACAUCAGCUGUUCUGCCAGAUAUCCUGUGAAAGGAGGAAACAAGACAGCAGAGACAGAAGUGACUCUCAGUGUUUCAUAUGCUCCUAGAAACACCUCAGCAUCCAUCAGUCCAUCAGGUUUGGUGUCAGCAGGUACCUGGGUGGAGCUGAGCUGCUUCAGCAGAGCCAAACCUCCACCCAGCUUCACCUGGUUCAGGAACAACAAAGAUGGAGCCAUAAAUGUAUCUGUGGGGCCAGUUUAUAGCUUCAAUGCCACUGAAGGAGGAGAGUAUUACUGUGUGGCUGCAAAUGAUCUGGGUCAAACCAGAUCAUCUGUGAUCCUAGUUACCAGUAAAGGUUCUGGACUUGGUGUCUACACUAUAAUAAAGAUCCUGGGGUCUUUAAUGCUCUGUGGUGCCAUCAUCAUCUUUGAGUGCUGGUUUAGAUUCUCCAAGAGACUGAAAAAGGUCUGAGAGAAGAUGAAGGACUAUCACAGUCUGUCUGAGAACAAUCACCUGCUGUGAUGAGAAUGAGGCCUUACUUUGAGAUGUUCUCUCUUGUCUUCAAGACUACAAAUGCUUCAAUAAGAAAAAUAUUAUGUACAUAUUUCCUGUUUGUGACAUGUCGACUAUGUUGAAAACCUGUUGAGUACUAGGGUUAGAGUUAUUCAGUGGACAUAUUUUACACAUUUCACUUUUUAACCUGCUGGUUUCAUUGAUUCUCCUUGGAAACCCAGCAUUAAUAUCUCUGUUGGUGAUCUGAAGGAGCAUCAGUCUGUCACUAUAACCUGCUCAGCUUUCACUCAAAAAACACAAUUAUGCAAAAUAUACUUUGUUGGUGCUUUACUUCAAGUUAUAAUGUUAUUCCUUUCAUCAAAAACACACUGGAGUGUGGCUUUGACGUUUUCAUGCAUGUUUGAGGAAUCCUUGAAUCUCCUGUGGGAACCAUUUGGAGGUGACCCAACACUUGGAGAAGGAUUGCUGUAAUGAUGUGCUAAAGAUGGAUUAGUGGAAACAGUAAGAGACUCUUAAAGAGACAAAGGCCAAUUUAAUGGUGUCAGAAAUGCCUGCGAUACACAAAUUUGUUUUUCGUCAUUUUUGAUAUGUACAUCUUUUUUGUAACAACAUAGUUACUUGAUUAUGCAAUAAAAUGGCACUGUGUGCCUGGGAAAUACAUAAUACUCCUGCCCCUUUAAGACUUUAUAGCACAUCUUUACUGGGAGUACUAAUAAAUGUUGAGGGUGGUAUAGAUUUCCUCCCCUCAUCUCAGCACUCCAUAAUUUUUAUUUAUUUUUUUUCUUAUUGAGAGGAUGCUGGAUGUUAUAAUAAUCUAACUUUAAGCAAGCUGAGAUUCAUAAGCAUCUCCAAAAAAUUAAGACUUCUGCGUACAAAUCUCCACAAACUGCAGCUUGGCAUGUCUGUAUGUCUUCCUUUCCGGAUGCUUAGACAAAAAAGAUCUAAAUCAAACUCAACUCCUUCGGACCACCGUUUCAAGUCUCUAUUACGCUUCAUCCAGUGUGAACCGUGUUCCUGGGGAGCUAUGUGCAAGUGCACACCCUUACACUGCACACUGUUGCCUCUGUUGAUCUAUAAAAAACUUACAAAGUAGUAACAAUGGUGGCUUCAUGUGGUUGUUUUUCAUGCAAAUAAGCAGAAACCAGUAGGCAAAGUGAACAAGACCAAAACUAUCUCUGUUAUCACGCAUGAUGAACUCCUGAACUGCAGCUACAGGAGAUUAUUUGUAGGAACAGGCCAAAAGAAUAGCAUUUGUUCUCCACGAGUCUUAGUUGCCCAUUUCUGUGUCCCCAGUUUAUCUCUGUUCUUUCUUUGGACAGAUUUUGAUACAUACUGGCCAGAAACACACACAAAAAAAAAAAACCUCCAGUUUUGAAGAUAAUCUGAUCCACAUGUCAAGCCAUCACAAUUCAUUAUAUGUCAAGCCUGCUGAGAGUCUUAUGCUUUUCUGUUAUCCUUUCUUCUAAGACGUCAAUUUUAAGAACAAAUGUUUAACUAAUAUAUUUCACCCGCUGUUAGAUGCCAUGUUGAAGAGAUUAGUGUUAUUCUUGUCAGU